ACAAGAGCAUCCCUUCAUCUAUCUGAACGGAGAACUCAGCCUCCUGCCAUGUCCUGGUUGGUGUCCUUGUGGAUUAGGCUGGGCUUGCUAUCCCUGUGCCAGGCCACCCUCUACGAGACCAUCCAGCAGCACCACGUGGCCCGGCCGGGACACAACGCCAUCACGCAGAUACUCGAAGGUGGGACGUGUGAAGUCAUCGCGGCCCACAGGUGUUGCAAUAAGAACCGCAUCGAGGAGCGGUCCCAGACAGUCAAGUGCUCCUGCCUGCCAGGCAAAGUGGCGGGGACUACGCGCAACAAGCCCUCCUGUGUAGACGCAUCCAUCGUGAUUGGGAAGUGGUGGUGCGAGAUGGAGCCAUGUCUGGAGGGAGAGGAGUGCAAGACGCUGCCCGACAACUCUGGAUGGAUGUGCUCCUCUGGGAACAAGAUCAAGACCACCAGGAACACCCAGCCAUACUCCCCAUUUUAGCUCCGGAAGCAAAAUGCAGGGGAUGAAACCAACUGAAAACAAGCUGCAUUCUUGCUUCCGUAAAGAGAGGGAGCCCUCCUUUGACUGCCUGUAGAGCCCCC